UCCUCUUUCUUUUGUUUGCCAUGUCCGAUACAGAAGAAUUUGAUUUUUUGGACGAACUUCAAAAUGAAAUAAAGAAGGAAGCAGAAACCAUGCCUCAACAAGAACCCAAAGACAAGAAAAAAGAGAAAUCAAUUGAUAUUGAACCACGCUCUGGUUUUCGACUCAAGCGACGACUUGUAUCCAAUGCUAAAUGUCAUGUAGGGCUCAAAAAUGUAGAAUAUGUGCCUCUUAAAGAUGUUCAUGCACGCACACGCCUUCAUAACUCAAUUCAUGUUGGCGUAAGGCCUUCUUCACAUUGGUCAACCAUUGGUGUAAUUGACAAAUGUUUCCCUCAACCUGAUUUCUGUGUUACUCGCCUUACAGAUAUGCGAGGCACGCAUAUCCAUCUUUACAUUACCGGCAAAGCAUUUGAAAAAUACGAUUAUGCGACUGGAUUGGGAUCAAUUAUUGCCAUCAAAAGGCCUUUUUUACUCAAGCCUACAGAAACAGAUCAAAAUAUAGCAUUACAUGUAGAACAAAUACAGCAAAUGUGGAUUAUUGGUCAAAGUUUGGAUUUGGUUCAAUGUGCAAGUCAUGUUCGAAAAGACACACAAUGCCAAGAAUGGACAGACAUUCGAUCUGGUGAUUAUUGCGAUAAACAUUUAGAGCGAGUUUAUGGUUAUUCAAAAAAUGGUCGUAUGGAAUUAGCAUCAGGGUAAAAGAAAGUAAUCAGGGCCGACUUUUCCACUAAACCAUUAAUAGAAAUAGUGGAUUUGAUAUUCGAUGGGCUACUAAAACCAAGCAAACGGAUGGAUCAUUUACAUAUGAAUCAAAACAUCAAAAAAAGCCUACAGAUCCAUUU